ACGCCGUCUGGGGGUCGGGUCUCUCUAGGCUUCCUCUGCACCUGCCUCUCGCUGACUUGCAUGGAGAUUGGGGACCAGCUUUGGGCAGAAAGAGUCUCUCCUCCAGCCAGGGCGGGUGGCCAGAGAGCUGCCCUGAGGGGCCCUGAUCCUGCUCCUCCUUGAGCCUGAGGGCAGACCAUGGCAGCCUCUUGUGGGGAGCAUUUCUCAGCGUUUUCUCUCACUCACCCUCCUUAGUGGUGAAAACCCUGCUCAAUAGGCCUCCUCCCCCUCCAUCUGACAGCCUACAAGGAGAAGAUGAAGGAGCUGUCCGUGCUGUCGCUCAUCUGCUCCUGCUUCUACUCACAGCCACACCCCAACACCAUCUACCAGUAUGGGGACAUGGAGGUGAAGCAGCUGGACAAGAGGGCCUCUGGCCAGAGCUUUGAGGUCAUCCUCAAGUCCCCUUCUGACUUGUCACCGGAGAGCCCUGUGCUCUCCUCCCCCCCCAAGAGGAAGGACACCUCCCUGGAGGAGCUGCAGAAGCGGCUGGAGGCAGCUGAGGAGCGGAGGAAGACGCAGGAGGCGCAGGUGCUGAAGCAGCUGGCGGAGCGGCGCGAGCACGAGCGGGAGGUGCUGCACAAGGCGCUGGAGGAGAACAACAACUUCAGCCGCCUGGCG